AUGGGACUCUUCACCUACUUCAGCCUUUGCCUCCUGGGCAUCCUGGUCACAAAUCCUUUCCUGGGAGGUGAGUUCCCCUUAACAAAUACUGACAUUGCAUGACCAGUUAACAAACGGACUUGACUGAAUACCUAUCACCAGAUCUUUUUAGUCUUUGCAGUCUUUCCAAAAGAUAUUGGAGAUAAAGCUAAUCCAAAAUCUCCAUCUGGCUCAUGCAGUCCUUAACAUUAGUGGGUCUCUGUGGUUUAGUGGGUGUUGUUGGACUACAAUGUUCCUCGGUCCUGAGUGUUGUGGUGGGGGUUUGUUUUUGUUUUUUUGUUUUUAUAAACAUUAUUAAAUUUUCCACAAUUAUAACAAAUACAACAUAGAAAAAAGAGAAGAAAACACACAAGAGAAAACACAUUACUAAAAAAGAAAAACAAAAAAGAAAUCUUAAACACAUAUCCCUUGAAAACCCAAUUUCUCUUACAUUGUUAAUUGACUUCCUCAGAUCCCUCCCUUCUGAAUUUCAUUGUAUCUGCGUGUAACAGCUCUCCAAUAUCAUUCUUAAACUAAAAUUAUUUCCAGCAAUUAACUAUCCUGUUCUCUUUUCUUACUGUUCUAAAUCCAGCUUACUUACAAUUAAAUCCUAUUUUAAUCCUAGGCCUAUCUGGUGCUUUCAAGUGACUUCUAAUUAUUUAUAUUACAAUAUUUAUUCAAAUAAUCCUUAAAUUUCUUCCAAUCUUCUUGAUAUUCCUCUUCUUUCUGGUCAUGGACUCUUCCAGUCAGGUCGGCUGGCUCCAAAAAGUCCAACAUCUUCAUCUGCCAUUCUUCCAACGUUGGGAUUUCUUGAGAUUUGCAAUUUUUAGCUAACAGCAGUCUUGCCGCCUUAGUGGCAUACAAAAAUAAUUUAACAUCUUUUUUGAGCAAUUCCAUUCCUCCUCGGUCCUGAGUGUUGACCACGCUUGGUAGGGCUGAUGGGAGUCGGGAGUCCAAUGAUGUGGAGGGCACCAGGUUGGGGUAGGAUGGAAAGUGUUGGACUAGGGCUGGGGCAACCCAAGUUCAAAUCCUCAUGCAGCCAUUAAGCUCAGCCCUGGGCUGGACACUAUCUCUCAACCUAACCUGCCUUGCAUGAUCCUUGUGUAGUUGGGAGAGGCAUGUGUGCCACGUCAAGUUCCUGAGAGGACUGGUGGUAUAUCAACGAAAGGCAAGUGAGAUGUAAUAUCAAAGUUCAGGGACUGUCAAGCAAAAACGUUUAGGGUGUAAAACAGGGCCAAUAAGGGGUGUGGCCUGUGAGAGGGGGCGUGGCCUAGGGAGAGUUCCAAGGACCAGAUAGAGAAGCUUGGAGGUGCAUAUUUGGCCCCAGGCCUGAUAUUCUCCUACCCCUGGAAUACCCUUCCAUAAACAGUUCUGUGGGGCAAGUCUAUGCCACCUGUCAUCUAGGGGUGAGGUAGGGUUUUCUUCCUUACAGUGAACAUUCUCCCUUAACUGCCAGGGUGGAUUUGAUUUAAAUCAAAUCGAUUUAAAUCACUAGUCAGUAAGACUUGAUUUAAAUCUCUCUUUUUUUACAGAAAGACUCAUUCUUGCUGGUAUAAUCUUAAUAUUGACAACCAGAUGAAGGUUUCAUUUUUGGAAUAAUAAAUUUUCAGAGUAGUUUAUAUUUGGACAACCUUUCUGCUGUACUUUAUUGGAAGGAGAAAAAUACUCAUUUCCUUAACGUCAGGGAACUGCCACUUAAUAACAAUUUAAGCAAUUUAUUUAACUAAAACAAUAACAUUAUAGCAUAUGUAUCCAUGUUUGUUAACUGAGGUGGUUAAACAAUUAAAAAAAACUUAGACUAAGUUUUAGCACAAAUGAAAAACUUAAAACAAAUCCUUAUUUCCUGAUGAAUAGCCUUUGGAGUAUAAUGUAACUUAAAAAGAAAACUAUCUUUAGAAAGAUUUUUCCUCCAAAAGCAUUUUGUUUUAAAAAUUCAAUUUAAAUUUUUUAAAAAACCAAUUUAAAUUUUAAAAAUCCAUUUUUAUUUUUAUUUUUUUAAAAAAAAAACAUUGAUUUUUAUCCACUCUGCUAACUUCUAAGCAAUCUAUCUGCCCAAUACCAACGCCAUUUCUGUCUCUCUCUCCAUGCAGCUGAGGCCGACACCUGCGCCAGGGAGUGGCUGCAAAACCAGGGCAACUGCUACGCAUACUUUGAUGCCAAACUGACGUGGCAAGAGGCCGAGGUAAGGAGCAUUUGACACCCAACCAGUUACAUCCCUACAAUUUUGAAAGCAAAAUUUGAGAAUGAUUGAAACUUGUACAAAGCAGAACUCAUGAUUUGGAAAGUUUUGCUCCUGCACCAAUCCAGCUGGUUGGAUAUGAUCGGAGGGGGAGUUUUCUUUUCUCCUUCUCUCACCUCAAAAUGAGUACUGACCUGAAUUUCUCUCCCAUCUCUACCUGCUAGUAUAAAAAUAUUGAAUAUGACAAGCUGAUAAGUAACAAUGUUACCUUAAAACUCACCAUCAAGACUUGUGCUUCUUAGACGUACAGUGGCACCUCGGGUUACAGACGCUUCAGGUUACAAACGCUUCAGGUUACAGACUCAGCUAACCCAGAAAUAGUACCUCAGGUUAAGAACUUUGCAUCAGGAUGAGAACAGAAAUUGCGCGGCAGCAGCAGGAGGCCCCAUUAGCUAAAGUGGUGCUACAGGUUAAGAACAGUUUCAGGUUAAAAACGGACCUCCGGAACGAAUUAAGUACUUAACCUGAGGUACCACUGUAUCCCUCAAAUUGGGGGGGGGGGGUUGUUAAGUGACUUUUUAAAAAAAUCCACAAAAUUUAAAUUCCAGUGUGGGUGGAUUCAGCUCUGCACCAGCCCUGCUGGUAGGGUAGGACAAGAUAGGAUAUUACAUCUCUCUUUUCUUCUCUGUCCUCAGAUUGAGUGCCAGAGCUAUGGCCGUGGAGCCCACCUCGCCUCUGUCCUCACAAAGGCAGAGACACUCUUGGUGGCCGAGCACAUCUCCACUUACCAGCAAGAAAUAAGCGACGUCUGGAUUGGGCUCCACGAUGUCCGUCAGGUGAGCUUCUCCCAUGUGCUCCAUUCCUGGUCCAUGUGAGCCCUGAGCGGGGAUUCCUUAGCAUUGCCACUCCAAUUUUAUUCCAAUAUCCUCCCAGGCAGAAUCCCAAAUUGGACAAAUUCCUGGAGGAUAAGGCUUUUGACGGCCAUCCUCUGCCUCCAGUCUGGGGUAGUAAUUCUUCUGAAUGCCAGGUGCCGGAAACUUCAGGACAGUGUGUGCUGUUGCCCUCAGGUCCUGCUAAUAACAACAACAACAACAACAACAACAACAACAACAACAACAAUAAUAAUAAUAAUAAUUUAUUAUUUAUACCCCACCCAUCUGGCUGGGUUUCCCAAGCCACUCUGAGCAGCUUCCAACUGAAUAUUAAAAACAAUACAACAUCAGACAUUAAAAACCUCCCUAAACAGGGCCGCCUUCAGAUGUCUUUUAAAAGUAAAAUAGUUGUUUAUUGCCUUGACAUCUUCUGGGAGGGCAUUCCAUAGGGCAGGCACCACUACCAAGAAGGCCCACUGCCUGGUUCCCUGUAACUUGGCUUCUCGCAGCAAAGGAACCACUAGAAGGCCCUUGGCACUGGACCUCAGUGUCUGGGCUGGAUGAUGGGGGUGGAGACGCUCCUUCAGAUAUACAGGACCGAGGCCAUUUAGGGCUUUAAAGGUCAGCACCAACACUUUGAAUUGUGCUCGGAAACAUACUGGGAGCCAAUGAAGAUCUUUCAGGACCGGUGUUAUAUGGUCUCGGCGGCUGCCCCCAGUCACCAGUCUAGCUGCCUCAUUCUGGAUUAAUUGCUUGCAGGUUUCCCUCAGGCAUCUGGUUGGCCGCUGUAAGAACAGGAUGCUGGGCUAUGAUAGGCCAUUGGUCUGAUCCAGCAGGCUCACCUUACAUUCAAAUACACCAUUUUGUUAUUUUCCACGGGAAUCCUUCUCUUUUCCUGCAUCAUAGCUGCCCGCUGACCAGAACUCUCCAGCUCAGCUUUUGCGCUGGGCUCCUCCCACUUCCUUAACCACAUGAUCUGUUCCGUCUCUUUCAUGCAGAUCAAGUAGAAUGGUGCUCCAUUCCUGUUUGAUGGUUUGGUGGCUCCAUGGCAAUGCCUUCCCACUCUUACCUCAACAAUCUCCCAAAUUUAUUCCCCCACGCCGCUGCUUCUCCAUUGUUUUCCACGAGAGUCCUCCUCUGCUGCUAACAGAUCCCCAUGUGGAAAACUCUCCAGCAAGUUGGCUUCAUCCACUUUCUCUAUCUGGCCCCUUCCAUCACAUGAUGUGUUCUGUCUCUUUUCUGCAGACCAGGAAAUGGAGGUGGGCUGACGAAUCCACCUACAACUACAAGGCCUGGAUGAACCACCAGCCAGACAACUACCGCAAAGCCGAGUACUGUGUGGAGCUGAGACGAACCACAGGUAAGCAAGUCAUUCUCAGUGUCUGAGAAACGACAAGGGCAUUUUAGGACAAGGAUAGGAAAACUCAAGCCUGGGGGGCCAAAUAUGCCACUUUGUCUGGCCCUUGGAACUCUUCCCAGCCAUAUCCUCUCUCCCCUGGCCAUGACUACCCUCCCUGACUCUGCUCCAUGCCCUUGCUUUGUGUUUGUGCCUGCCUGGACUGUGUCCUUGAACUCUGGCUUGUCUGGAUAGAGCAGGCAGAGGGAGGUGGGAGUGUGUGUGUGUGUGUGUGUGUGUGUGUGUGUAGAAACCAGCUUAUUAGACAAGGGUAAAGUUAACAUUCACUGCUCCACCCACUUUUGCCUCUGGCCCUGCCCAUCAAUGGCAUGUGGCCCUCAGGAAAUUGUCCAGAUAGAUAUGCAACCCUCAGGCUGGAAAAGGUUCACCACUCCUGAUUUAGGGACACAAUGGCUGGCCAUGUUCUGAAUACAGUGGUACCUCGGGUUACAUACACUUCAGGUUACAGACUCCGCUAACCCAGAAAUAGUACCUCGGGUUAAGAACUUUGCUUCAGGAUGAGAACAGAAAUCGUGCUCUGGUGGCGCGGCGGCAGCAGGAGGCCCCAUUAGCUAAAGUGGUGCUUCAGGUUAAGAACAGUUUCAGGUUAAGAAUGGACCUCCGGAAUGAAUUAAGUACUUAACCCGAGGUACCACUGUAUACCAUGAGAUGGAGAGCUACAACUGAUCUAUGCAGUUCAGUUGCCUGUGAAUACCAUAGCUUGCACCUGUAUACACACUAUACCUUUAAGCCAGAUUUGAAACACAUUCUUUCCCUCACAUAAUUCUGAGCACUGUAGUUUGCCCCUCACAGAGUUACAGUUCCUAGCAACCUUAACAAACCAUAGUUCCAAAAAUUCUUCAGGGCGAUGUGCUUUGAAUGUGCUGUGUGCGCACAGUGUCUACAAAUAACACCCAAACCACAGAGAAGGCAUGCUCUCCUUUUUUUCCAAAGUCAGGGUAGCCAGCAUGACACCCUUCAGAUGUGCACUAUGACUCCCAUCUGCUCUGGUCCACAUGGCUAGGGGUCGGGGAUGAUGAGUGUCAUUGUACAAAAAAAUCCAGAGGUCACAAGGUUAGCUACCCAUCUCCUAGAGUGCUCUUGAGCAAAAAUAUCUAGCCUCAGAUGUGAAAAACUCUUGGGGAAGAAAUAUACAGAUCAGAAAACAAACUGAAACUUUGUUGUUGUUGUUUAGUCAUUUAGUCGUGUCUGACUCUUCGGGACCCCAUGGACCAGAGCACACCAGGCACUUCUAACUGAAACUUUACUCCUUUGUUUUAUUUGCCUUCACACAUUUGAACAUUAGAAUCAGUUCUAUUUGCUUUUCCCCUUAAAAAUAUUAAUCGUGGGAACUUGAAGCUCUUAUGAAACCUGAGAUUUAAUUGGAGGUUGGCAACAUCAGUUCAGGUUACAGAACCGCCAAACCAAAGGGCUAACUUGAGCCUUAUCUUCUGCCUCCUAGACUUUAAACAGUGGAACGACGCCCCCUGCAGGAAACUCAACGCCUACAUCUGCAAGCAUGAACUGUAG